CUCACUUGGCAGCGUUUUAGAUUAGCUGAAGCAUCUUCGAUAAAUUGGCUGUCUUCGGCUGUCAGUUUAUUAGCAGCUUAGCAGCUUAGUUGUCAAGAUGGGUGGCUGUUGGUCAUGUGUGGCCUGCAGGUCUCACCCAGAGGCAGAACCAAAGGAUGAAGAUGAAGAGGGGGCACUGACAGGUCAUCCCAGAAAUCCAACCCAUGUUGCACCAUUUUCUGGGGGACUCCCCAAUGUUUUGGGCGACACUCUGGCGAAAGAGCUCACUGAGGAACCCUCCGUGCCAGAACCUCUUCCAGAACCUCACAUCACCAAUGACAUCCUGGGGGAAGAGCUCACUGAGGAACCCUCCAUGCCAGAACCACUUCCAGCACCUCACAUCACCAAUGACAUCCUGGGGGAAGCGCUCAUUGAGGAACCCUCCAUGCCAGAACCACUUCCAGCACCUCACAUCACCAAUGACAUCCUGGGGGAAGCGCUCAUUGAGGAACCCUCCAUGCCAGAACCUCUUCCAGCACCUGGCAUGACCAACAACAUCCUGGGGGGAAGAGCUCACUGAGGAACCCUCCAUGCCAGAACCACUUCCAGCACCUCACAUCACCAAUGACAUCCUGGGGGAAGCGCUCAUUGAGGAACCCUCCAUGCCAGAACCUCUUCCAGCACCUGGCAUCACCAACAACAUCCUGGGGGGAAGAGCUCAUUGAGGAACCCUCCAUGCCAGAACCACUUCCAGCACCUCGCAUCACCAACAACAUCCUGGGGGGAAGAGCUCACUGAGGAACCCUCCAAGCCAGAACCACUUCCAGCACCUCGUAUCACCAACAACAUCCUGGGGGAAGAGCUCCCGGAGAACCCUCUGUGACAGAACCCCUUCCAGCACCUCACAUCACCAACAACAUCCUGGGUGAAGUGCUCAUUGAGGAAACCUCGAUGCCAGGGCCCCUUCCAACCCCUUGCAUCACCAAUGACCUACUGGGGAAAGUGCUCAUUGAGGCUACCUCAGUGCCAGGUCCUUCCAUCCUCACAGACACUCCAAAGGAAGCAGCUUCUGUGUCAGAGCCCUUACUAGAGCCUUCCAUUGCUGAUAAUUAUCUUCAGCAAGAAGUAGAACUCCUCAAAGGGUUACAGCAUGACUAUGUCCAGCAGCGUUAGUAUUGCGACACCUCAGAAGCCUUUUUCAUAUACACCCAGCACAAAGAUCAGCUGCAGUUUUGAUACCCAGCCCAGAUGAUGGACUAAGCCCUAACACUGCCCUUUUUGCAAGUCACCAGUACUCAGCCUGGUCAGCACAUACAACAUUUGUUCCUUUUUGUUCUCUUUGUUGCAGAACUGAGGGUUCGCCGCAUUUCCCAACAGUUCCCUCGUUCUCUCCGGGCCAUCAACCUGCAAAUUGGACACAUGUGGACAAGGCUCAUCCGCAAUGAAGUUUAGCUGCAGCGGUGGGAAAGGGGAGGUAUGUUCACAGCACGCCCCUGAUAUUGCUGCUGGGCUAAGAACGGCUCUUUUGUUUCUUUCAUGUUGAAAUGCUUGAUUUGAGUCUGCAUCUAAGGUUUCAGAGGGGAGGCCUGUGAGUGGGUUGUCAGUGCUUGCUGAAGUGUUCCUUCGUUUUCUGUCUUUCAUGUGUCCAAGCUCCAGUGCCUGAAAUCCAAGCAGCUUCUCAGAGUGAGCAGUGAGGGCAAGUGAUGGUGGGUGUGGUAGGAUGUCACCCUUUGCAGCUGACCUCCUGCUUCUUCUUCUCUCUUGCAGAUGUUCCUGCAGGCCCUGCUGCACUUCUCCAGCCCUCUGGGUCUCAUUCAUCAUUGUCCUCUGCCUCCCUGGAUGUUGCCUCCAUCCCACCCUCCACCUCCACCUCUUCCCUCCUCCUGCAUCCCUCUCCACCUCCUCCUCCUUCCCCACCUCCUCUGGAGCCGGACCUCAGCAAUGUGAAAGAAACUCUGCAGAGUUUGGUAGAGAUGCAGGUCCAUCAGCUGCGUGGCCGCCAAAGAGACCUCCGCAGCUGUCAGGAAUGCUUACAAAGCUUCAAGGCACUGAGGGGACAAUUGAGGCGGCUAAGGAGCAGACUGGCCAGGGUGGAAGCCACUAUGGGGAUCGUGGUUCCUCCAAGGGAGCUGGACGUUGCUGAGGAAGAAGGGGAAGGCAAAUUAAAAGAGACAACUGUGCUACUAUUUACAUAAGUAGUAAUAAAAUGCUGUGUAUAUAUUUUUAAAAUAUUAAAUAUUUGUUUUAAUAGGAUGUAGAGAUAGAACAGCAAUAAAACUUGCAUAUUUAUUGUUUAAAAAAAUAAAAUGUUUUAUAUU